AUGGCUGACUCUCACUACAACAGCAGCGUUACCACCACCAGUGCUUGGAACAUCACCAGCAGCGGCCCCUGGUUGUUGGCCUUCAUGCUGACCGUCAUCAUCCUCAUGACCAUCUGCGGUAACAUUUUGCUGAUCGCAGUGGUGUUCGCCCAUCGCUCUUUGCGUUGCACCUCGAACUGCUUCCUUGUUUCUCUGUUCCUGUCCGACCUCAUGGUGGCACUGGUGGUCAUGCCCCCCGCCAUGCUGAACGUCCUGUGCGGUUCCUGGGUGCUCUGGCCUGCCUUUUGCCCGAUUUGGCUCUGCUUUGACGUCAUGUGCUGCAGCGCAUCCAUCCUCAACCUUUGCGUGAUCAGCCUGGAUCGCUACAUCUUUAUCAUCUCGCCACUGCGCUACAAGCAGAGGAUGACCCCACCUCGGGCCUUGCUCUUGGUAGGAGCUGCAUGGGGGUUGGCAGCGUUGGCCUCCUUCCUGCCCAUUGAGAUGAAAUGGCACAGCUUGGGCCAUGGGAGCGGACACUUGCCAGCUCCUGGGGUCAGCAGUAGCAACAUGAGUUCUUACUCUGACACCUUGUAUCCUUCAUCCUACUUUCAACUGUCACCGUCUGGAGGCCUUUCCUUCCAGUGCCGCCUGCAGGUCACCCUGCCCUUUGCCUUUGUGGGGUCUGUACUCACCUUCUUUUUGCCCUCCAGUGCCAUUUGCUUCACUUACUGUCGGAUCCUUCUAGCAGCGCGGAGGCAGGCAAAGAGGGUUGCCGCAUUGAGCCACCCGCCGCAUCCGCAUCCCUCUCUAGGGGAACCUUUCAGGCCUCCUUCACCUGGGGUUGAUGGAGGGAACGCUCAGCACGACGGGGAUGACUGCAGUCACCAGGAACCUCCAGUGUCACAAAAUGUACCGCCAUCAGUGAACAGCGAGCGGCGUCUGGCCCACAGGCAGGGUCGGAGGGCACUGAAGGCGAGUCUGACACUGGGAGUUCUUCUUGGACUCUUCUUCAGCGCUUGGCUUCCAUUUUUCAUCACCAACAUGGCACAGGCAGUGUGUGAGUGUGUCCCCCUGGCGCUUUUCGACGCCAUCACCUGGCUGGGUUACUGCAACAGCACGAUGAACCCCAUCAUCUACCCGCUCUUCAUGAGAGACUUCAAGCGGGCUCUGGGGAGGCUGCUGCCCUGCUGUUCCUCUCAGUCGCCCCGAAGACCCUCGCCAGCGCUCUCCCUGUCUCUCCGCAACUCAGGAGAGCCCAUGAUCGCCAGCGACCCGCCCUCCCCUCUGCCCUCUGACCCCACGAUCCCCCCCGCCACCGCCACUGAUGCCGUCAACCUGCUGGAUGCUGAGCACGCUGGCAUCGAGCUGCCUCUGCUUCUGCCCAAUCAGGUGGACACCCUGGACUGA